CGAAGUUUGUUGUCGCGUCCGCCGUCCCGGACGCUUGCGGCUCCGGGGAGACCCGGUUGCGGCACCAUGGCUGUGCGACAGGCGCUGGGCCGGGGCCUGCAACUGGGCCGAGCGCUCCUACUGCGCUUCACGGCCAAGCCUGGCCCGACCUACGGCUGGGGGCGGCCCGAGCGGCCGGGCCCCGCGGCGGGCUGGGGCCGCGGAGAGCGCCCGGGCCAGGCCGCGGGGCCCGGCGCGGAGCCGCGCAGGCUCGGGCUCGGGCUCCCCGGCCGCUACCGCUUCUUCCGCCAGUCGGUGGCCGGGCUGGCGGCGCGGCUCCAGCGGCAGUUCGUGGUGCGGGCCCGGGGCGGCGCGGGUCCUCGCAGCCGGGCCGUCUUUCUGGCCUUCGGGCUGGGCUUGGGUCUCAUCGAGGAGAAGCAAGCUGAGGACCGGCGGGCGGCCGCGGCCUGUGAGGAGAUCCGGGCAAUUUUCACCCAGAAAAACAAGCUGCUACCUGACAUACUGGACACUAGACGCUGGCAGGGUUUCCAGCUGGAGGAGUAUCUGAUCGGGCAGUCCAUUGGCAAGGGCUGCAGUGCCGCCGUCUAUGAAGCCACCAUGCCUGUGUUGCCCCAGAACCUGGAGGCGGCAAAGAGUAUCGAGCUUCUUCCAGGGAGAGGCCCAGAGAUAAUUCCACAAGGAGAAGAGGAGGAACAAGCCCCAGGGGCCCCUGCCUUUCCCUUGGCCAUCAAGAUGAUGUGGAACAUCUCGGCGGGCUCUUCCAGCGAAGCCAUCCUCAGCACAAUGAGCCAGGAGCUCGUCCCGGCCAGUCGAGUGGCCUUGGCCGGGGAGUACGGAGCGGUCACUCACAGUAGAAGAUCCAAGGGAGGUCCCAAGCAGCUGGCCCCCCACCCAAACAUCAUCCGGGUCUUCCGCGCCUUCACCUCGUCUGUGCCGCUGCUGCCGGGGGCCCUGGUCGACUACCCUGACGUGCUGCCCCCGUGUCUUCACCCCGAAGGCCUGGGCCACGGGCGCACGCUCUUCCUCGUCAUGAAGAACUACCCCUGUACCCUGCGCCAGUACUUGCGCAGGAACACCCCGAGCCCCCGCCUGGCCACUGUGAUGACUUUGCAGCUCUUGGAAGGGGUGGAUCACCUGGUCCAGCAGGGCGUCGCGCACAGAGACCUGAAAUCCGACAACAUCCUCGUGGAGCUGGAUGCAGAUGGCUGCCCCUGGUUGGUGAUCACAGACUUUGGCUGCUGCCUGGCUGAUGAGCGCGUUGGCCUGCAGCUGCCUUUCACCAGCUGGUACGUGGACCGCGGCGGAAACGGCUGCCUGAUGGCCCCCGAGGUGUCCACAGCCUGCCCUGGCCCCGGGGCAGUGAUCGACUACAGCAAGGCCGAUGCCUGGGCCGUGGGAGCGCUCGCCUAUGAAAUCUUCGGGCUCCCCAAUCCCUUUUACGGCCAGGGCAGGGCUCACCUUGAAAGCCGAAGCUACCAAGAAGCUCAGCUGCCAGCACUGCCCGAGUCCGUGCCUCUGGACGUGAGACAGCUGGUGAGGUCACUGCUCCAGCGAGAUGCCGGCAAGAGGCCGUCUGCCCGGGUGGCUGCUAACGUGCUUCAUGUAAGCCUCUGGGGUGAACAUUCUCUAGCCCUGAAAAACCUGAAACUGGACAAGAUGAUUGGCUGGCUCCUUCAGCAAUCAGCCGCCACUCUGCUGGCCAGCAGGCUUACAGAGAAGAACUGCGUGGAAACAAAAAUGAAGAUGUUAUUUCUGGCCAACCUGGAGUACGAAGCACUGAGCCAGGCAGCCCUCCUCCUCUGCUCCUGGAGGGUGGCCCCGUGACAGCUGGUGUGGCCAUGAAUUACUAAAGAGCUUCCAGUA